AUGGCGCUGCCAAUUUUCACCAAGAGACAGGACGAUUCGGGCAGUGACGGUGGGGAGUCUAUGGAACUCUCUGCAGGUGCGAUAGCAGGGAUCGCAGUAGGCGGCGCCGCGAUACUAUUCGUAGCACUCGCAUGGGUGUUAGUGAAGGCAUCGAGACGAAACAGCUAUAACCGCCAAGAGUCGACGCAUCCAGAGAUGUCCAUGGAAACGGGAACGGCAGAGGGCGGACCCAACCGGUUGCGUAAGAAGAGCUUGGUUGGCGAGCAGAUGGCUGCGAUCAUAGACAAGGAAGACGACGUGGGCAGAGAGGAAAGCAGGAGUAGACACUCGAGCAUCAACGUGCCAUCGCCCAUCAGAACACGACAAGGGAGCAUGUCGAGAACCUCAAUUACCGCCGACGGCACGGGGCGCGGCAGCACGGAUACGCAAUCCCAGACCCAGAAGCAACGGUCCCCGGAGAAGCAGAGAGGUUACGGUUUAUACCAACAUCGACGCAAGACUUCAUGGAUCGACGAAGACGCCCUGCACGGCCCGACCAUGACAUCUCCCGAAAAGACGAAGCAGAAACAUAAGCGCAAGAUGAGCUGGUUCGACGGCGGCCUGGGCCGUUCCCUGAGUCGGCUUUCGACAAGAAGUGGGAUGGGAGAGGUCAGUCCAACACUGCCUUACACUGAGACGGAAUCGGAUCGACAGCAGGUCGACACACAUGCCGAGAGCGCUGGCGAACGGAGUACUAUGAGAAUCUCGCAAACCACGCAGAUUUCCAGCCAUACCAUAACACCACAUACGUCCUUGCAACCACAACAGCUCCAUCAGCAGCAGCAGGCAUACACCAGUCCACAGAAAGCACAACGGCCCGUCAGCAAUGUCAGCCCGAGCAAAGGUAACAUGGGGAAAUCGCCACCCGACAUAAUCCAGAACCCGCGAUUUCGGGACCGGGUCUCUUUCCAAGCAGCACAGCAAUUGGCAGGCGGUGCUCGCGUACCCGCCGUCCUCAGCGUUCCGCAUCAGCCACCACAGGCACCUUUACCACAGCCAAUGCCGCCAACGUCAACGAUUAGACAGGCUCCCAUUCUCAAGCACAGCGCCACCGACACCGAGUUAACGGAGAUCCUACGGAUGACAGCCGAGCGGCUACAGGAUGGGCAUCGUAGUUCGAGAAGACAAACGAUGAUGGUACCGUACUCAUCCACAAGCCUGCUCGACCAGAACGGCCAACUCUACUUUGACGGCGGAAAUGUAAGCCCCGGUAGCGAGCUUCCGAGUAGUGGGACCAUUAGCCCCGUGAAAAGCCACAAGAGCGCGCCGGCAACUCUAGCGUAUAUUGAGUUAGAAGGGAGUAACCCAAAGCCGCAGGGACCCCGGGGAAUGGUGCAGACGCCAAGGCACUCGCGACACAUAUCGCAUAUGUCGCAGAUAUCACAAGUGUCUAUGAUAUCCGAGGCAGACAGUCUCGUCGCGUCGAAAAGAGAGUCGGUCCAGGAAGUGCGCACGGCCUUGUCCAGCCCGAGCCGCGUCGCGAGAUCAGCAGAGCCCACACCCAGUCCUCAGGGGCCGCGACCGUUCUCGAACGGCAGCACCAUGUCCUCCGCGUUAUCAACAUUGUACAGCAUGGAGGAGGCGUCAGUCCGCAGUCAACCGCACGGUAGUUCAAACGCGAACAGUAGCCCGGCGGGCACUCCACGGCGUGAGAAGAAGCCUUCCGCGUUCGACAUGUUCAAUGGGAACCCCGACCCAGAAAACCGGGACGGCAAAAGUCCCAAAUUCCGGUUCGAGCAGGGCGAUCGGCCACCCCCUCUCCGACUCCGAAGAGGGACAAUGGGCAUGGUUGCGCAUGAUAGCCUGCCAUCUUCUAUGCUUUCCCCGCGGCAGGACAUGGAUCCUAACAGAUCGACCAAGCACAAGUCAUCGUAUAUCGUCCCCCCCUCGUAUCCUAUCGACGACCCAUUCACAAUUCAAACACCGCCGAAGAACCCUGCUCGUCUGUCCAAAGUAUUUUCUCCUUUGCCAGUAGACUAUUCCGGCGGAGGGGGGAGUCCAAACCGCAGAAAUGCCUUUGUCACACCAACACCAUCGCCGACGCGCACCGUAGUGCCUCCCUCACCUCGAACGAUCAUCAACAUGCACCGCCGGAGUAGUUCGGGACGGACUCCUACCAGUCCAGUAGUUUCAGAAGCCGGGUUAUCGUCAGUGUACGACAGCUACAGAUACAGCCACGGAGAAGCGCCAAAUGAGACGGCCACUGACAGCACGGUAUCCUUGACAACAGUGCUGACAAGUAGUUCGGACGCAUCGCCGACGAAACAAGUUCUCAGCCAUACCCCAUCAUCUGGGCGAGAGUCACGAGUCGGAUUUCGGGUUCCGAAUUACAGCCAGCCUAGUGUCAAUGACCAAGACGCCAAAGCUAAGCACUAUGACAUCGGGCCCACGGCACGAGUACCGCAGACUCCAGGGCAACCUGAGCCGCGCCGUGGUAUGCCUUCGGACGGGUCCAUCUACUCGCAAGAUGAAGACAGCGUGCCGCCUCUGCGAACGCCGACAGUCAAGCGUGGCAAGAGCGUGCGGAUGUCGAACACCAUAUCGGAGCUGCGACGCAUGAACAGCCAGAUCAGCACAGCCAGCGACCUGAGCGUCGCAAGUUCCACGGUGCCAGUCAUGCGAGGUGGUGGAUCAAGUCCCGGCUGGCAGAGUGGCGGCGGCAAGAAUUAUCUUUCUCUAGGAGGGGGGUUGCGGAAUAGUGGUAGAUCUACCUCGUCGAAGGGCAACAGGGUCAGCUUUGCUAGCGAUACUAGUACCUCUCCUAAGCCUAACGGCUUCAUACGAAGAGGUACCCCCGGAAGAGGUCGAAGGGGAACGGUGGUGCUACAAGGGUCAGAAGCUAGGAGACAAGAGCUCGACCGGGUUCGCGAGUCGCCGAGAAGAGGUGAUAACGAUGCCAGAGUCAACGUCGUGAAACACGCGGGGCAGCUCUUGACGCAAGCCACCAAACUAAGGCGUGAAGAAAUCACAAUCAAGCGAGGUAGUGUCGAGAGCUUGUACGAUGAUAAGGGGUUUCUGAAAAGUCAGCUAUAG